AUGCAUCAGCUUAUUUCAAGUUCAUUUGAUACUGAUGAUAACAGUACAGGAAUGAAUAAUAAAGGUGUUGACAAUAAUAAUGCAAAUAAUACAAAUGAUAAUAUUAUUCGUAAAACAAAAGUAACCAACACAACAAGCGGUUAUGAUGUAACAGUUAAUCAUAAUUUGAAAAGAUCAUGUAAUUCAAUAAAGAAAAUAUUUGGUCGAAGAAUAAUUUCUACAUCAUUUUCUGAAACAACUAGUAAUAUACAUUGGAAUAAAUUAUCGGAUGAUGAUAGUUCAUCGGCUUUAACAUCAAGACUAACGAGUAAUAAAUCAUCAUAUGUAUCUUUUGAAAAUUUAUCAGGAAAUUAUACAAUACCAUUGACAUCAUUUGUUACAAAUGAGUUAGUGACAACUACAAUAUCGACCGCAAUAUCAUCAGGAAAAAAUACAAGUGAUAUGAAAAUGAGAAAUAAACCCACAUCAACUGAUUUAUUAAAUGUAAAAAGGAAACUUCAAAGGCAGUGGGCUACAUGUAGUUCAUUGUGUAACAAUAAUAAUUCUUACAAUAUUUACCAAACAAUUAACAGUACAGGAUUAUAUGAUAUAAAUUCGAUAACUUCAAAUCGUAGGUCUGGAACAACAGAGAGAAAAAAUAAAUCUCGGUGGUUAUCUUUAUGGCGUCAGUCUUUUGAUCGUGGGAUCGAUUCAACAACAAAUUGGUCGAAUAAAACAAGGGUUGACAUGAGAAGAAGAUUAUUUAGGAAGCUUGGAUACAAAUCGGCAAAUGAAAUGUAUUUAUCUGAAAAUACCUCAUUAACAAGUGAAUCAAAUGGAUAUAUAAAUAAUGCCGGAAGAUUUCGUUCAGAGAUUAAUAUAGUACCUAAUAGAAAGAUAAAAGAAUCUUCACCUAAUUAUCUUAAUUCAAUAUCAUUUGAUUUAUCAAUAAAACUGAAAGAUUCAUUUAAUUCAUUAACAAAAAAUCAUUUAUCUAUUGAAAAUAUUGAAAAUACUAAUGAUAAUGAUCGUAUUAAACAUAAUGAUUAUUUAUCUAGAUCUGAUAAAUCACAAUCAAAUGAAAGAAUUUCUAAUCUUCAUUCAAGUGGAUUUAGUGAUACACAACUUAUUAAUCAUUUCAGGGAUAAUUUACUUACAAAUCAAAAUCAAAAACAAUCACAAAGAUCAUCAUAUGAAAUUGGAUUAAAUCAAUUAUAUAAUUCUGAAAUUCAAUCCAUUUCAACAAUGCAACAAUUACAAUCAUUUGAAACAGGUACUAAUGUAACAAAUUUUGAUGAUGAAUACUUUAUGUUUGAUCAUGAUCCAUAUUCAAUUUAUAAUAAUAAUAAUUCAGGAAUGAAUUUUAAAACUAAUACUACACCAUUACAUUUAGAAAAUCCUGAACGAGAGACAAGAUGGUAUUUCAAAUACUUUCUUGGCAAAUAUCAUCAACUACACUGUGGUUACCUUACCGAACGUGAUCCAUUUUUACUGGCUGUUGUCAAAGAUGAUAUACAAACAUAUGGAAUUAGUCAAUAUCGUGCAAUUUUAUGGAGAAAAACAGGUAGUCAAAAAUUAUGUAUAUCAUAUAAUCCGACAAAUGCAUUGACCGCAAAAAAGGUAUUAAACUUUUUUGAUAUUCAUCGGGUAGAGAAAGGACCACGUGGAAUAUUGAAUUUUGAAGCACAAAAAGAUGCACUUACUUUAGAAGAACAAGAAGGUUCAGUAAAUUUUAAAUUUGGAGUACUUUAUUGCGUUGAAGGUCAAACAUCAGAUCAAGAAAUGUAUAACAACGAAAAAGGGAGUGAACAAUUUGAACGUUUUAUUGAUCUUCUCGGGGAAAGAAUUGGCUUAAAAUCUUGGGAUCGAUUUAAAGGUGGCCUAGAUACAAAAUCGAAUACAACAGGUAUUGAUUCAGUAUAUACAAUUUAUGAAGGUCAUGAAAUAAUGUUUCAUAUAUCCACUUUACUACCAUAUUCAACAGAGAAUCGACAACAGAUUGAACGAAAACGCCAUAUUGGGAAUGAUAUAGUCAAUAUUAUAUUUGUUGAUGGAUGCCCACCUGGACAACAACCAUCAUGGACUCCAUCUAUGAUGAGAACUCAUUUUACUCAUAUAUUUGCUGUGGUAACAUAUGAUAAUGAAGCCAAUGUUUAUAGAUUGAAUAUAUUUGCUGAAGAAUCAGUUCCAUUUUUUGGACCACCACUUUAUAAUCCUCCAGAAUUUAAAAAUCCACAAGAAUUUCGUGAAUUUCUUUUGGUAAAAUUAAUCAAUGGUGAAAAGGCUGCCUUUAGAUCACCAGUAUUUGCACAAAAACGACAACGCACCUUAGAAAUGUUAUUGAAUGCGAUAUGCACUACUUAUACAAGUGAAGCAAAUAAUGGUGCAAUUUAUAGACGAGCAUUCAGUGAUGUUGUAGUGGAUUCAUUCAAUGGAGUGACAACAAGUAAAGAACAAAGUCGUAAUGAUGCUCAUAUCAGAUAUGGACAAAUGUUGAAGUUAAAUACAAUAAUCAGAGGGGACGCUCCAACUAGUUCCAUAACUAGUGGUCAAUCAAGAAAAAAUUUAUGGCAACCUAAAUUAAUAUAUAAAUGUACUCAAUCAGAGAUUAUAUGUGGAGAUGUUUGGGGUGAACAACUAAUUGUGAGUACUGAACAAGGAACGUUUGGUUUUAAAGAUCGUGAACCGCCUGUUUUAUUAAUUGAUAAAAAUGUGGAAGUGAAACAAUUAGAAGUAGCUCAAUUCGAACUACUGAUCAUUCGAUAUGAUAAAGGUCGUGAAGGUAAAGUUGCAGUGAUACAAUUAAAUUGUCUAACAUCAACUAAACCAAUUGAUCGAUCACAAGCUAAAAAACUCAGUUUAGAAAAAACAAAAGGUGCUCAAUUAUUCGCUGUUAGUAAAAGUCCUAGUCAUCCAUUAAGACUAGCAGCUGCUGUAAAUCGAAAAAUUGUAAUUUUUCAAUGGCAUUUAUUUACUGGUCGUUCUUUGUCUUCAUGGAAUCAAUUAGCACAACCAGAUCCUGUUGAAAAUUUUCAAAUAAUUAGAGAAGUUCAUAUGAUCGAUCCCAUACAAACUUUAAGUUUUGUCGAAGGUAUUCCCGGUGGGAAACUAUGUGUAGGAUAUAGAAACCAGUUUAUUUUAUUAGAUGAACGAAGUAAAGAAACAACCCAAUUAUUUCGUACUGAAGGUAGUCGAAAUCAAGUUGUUUCUGCAUUGGAAUUAUGGGCUGACGAUGAACAUGAAUUGUUACUUUGCUUCACAAGAACAUGUCAUUUUCAAAAACUUGCCCUAAUUACACUUGGUAUUGGUAGUUGUCGUCAACCGAUUCCUACUAGCUGCCCAUCUGAUUCAAGCUUUAACUGGAGUAUGAAGUCAUCAAUGGAGAUAAAUACAAAUAAAUCAUCACCAGCAUUAUCUCAAGUACAAGGAUCUACUUCAAUGGAUUCCCCAAAUUCAACAACAAGUGGAUCAUCAAUAGCUAGAAGUUGUUCUCCUGAACCAUCGUUCAAUUCCAUGAAUUUAAAUUUACCAUGUGAAGAAAAGGUGAAAGCAAGUGAUUGUGAUUUUGCAUGGACAUUCGAACCACAACAAGUUGCUGUAUGCUUUCCAUACAUUUUCGGAUUUAAUCCAUCGGCAAUUGAAAUACGUUUAUUAAUUAAUGGAAGCUUAGUGCAUACAAUGCUUGUAACUGAUUGUCGGUUAAUUACUGUUAAGGGUGACAUAUAUUUUACAUCGACUUCAGAAACAUUAGAUUAUAAGACGAGUCCAACAAUCAAUAAUACUGCCGUUACAAGUAAUACUAGUAAUGAUAGCAUUACAAAACAAAAUGAGAUAAAGUCUGUAUUACAAGCAGUAGAUCAAUUAAAUCUAGACGACAAUCACCAAACCAAUGAUUCUUUAAUUUACCCAGAAAUUUAUGAAACUCAUAAAAAUUUACAUUCAUCAUUUGAACAAGAUCAAAAUGAAUUACAAACAAAUUCAUUUUCUACUAUACAAACUAUUUUAUCACCUUCAUGUUCUAAUAUGAAUUCACCAACUGGUAUAAAAAUUUUAACUUUAAAUUCAAUGAAUAAUAGUACAAAUUCAUCAUCAAUUGUAUCAUCAUUGAAUUCAACAAAUAAUGAUUUAAAUCCAUCACAAACAAAUUUUAUUUAUAAAAUACCAAUUUAUAGUUCAAAUAAAUAAAUAAAUAAAUAAAUAAUAAUAAUAAUAAUAAUAAUGGAAACCGAUUGUAAGCAUAAAAAGCAUUUUAUAAAUAACUACAUACAGAUAUUAUUUAUUAUCUUUAAUAUGUGUAUUAUAUAACUGAAUAGUUUGUGAUCACAAUGAUUGAAAAGAACUCAUAAACCAAUUAGUGAUAAUCAUGAUAAGAAGAAAAAGUUAAAGAGAAAAAUGAAAAAAAAUAAAUGAACAUUACCGUAUACUUGUUGUGAUAAAUAAAUUAUAAAACUUUUCUUUUUUUUUACUAUUCUAUUUGUUAUAAACAAUUUUAAAUAAAAGUAAGAAUUAUAAAACUUUCAUGUCUUGAACAACAACAACAACGAUGACAACGGCAACGACGAUAACAACAACGACAACAACAAAAAGAAUGUUUUGUUCGUACUACAAUAUAAUAAAUAACAACAGAAUGAACAUUAACACUGAGUUAAAUACUUAUAACCAAUGAAAAAUUCUUUUUUUUUCUUGAUAAUUAUGAAACUUUUAAGAAGAGAAUAAAAGUUAGAAAUUGAUUUUUCCUUUCAUUAAGAAAGUAUCAUAAAAACAACAUAUAGAUACAAAUAUAUACUCUGAAUGAGAAUCGACUAUAUGGUAGUGUAGUCAAACUAAUAGAUAAUCUAAAUGUUUGUGAUAGACAUUUUGUGUGUGUGGGUGUGUGAACAGAAAUGUACCUUUUUUCCUAUUUAAAUUAUAUAUAUAUAUAUAUAUAUAUAUAUAUAUAUAUAUAUACCAUCUAUAAAUUGUAUUGUUUCACCACUUUGUGUACUGUAUUUCGUGUAAAAUGUGCUAUCUUUAAGUAAAUAAAAUGUUUUUUUGGAAAUAAA